AUGUUGCCACAGCGACCCUGCCGACUACGGAGCGCGUGUAGGGCCAUGAGGCCGCGGGUGGGGCUGGGCUCGGGUCCGGAUCCGGCCCUGCUGCUGCUGUGGGUGUUGGGCUUCGCUCUGCAGGCCCUGCUGGUGGCCGCGCAGAAACUGGACGAGACGGACCCGCUGGUGACCACCGCCUACGGGCGGGUGCGGGGCUUCAAGAAGGAGCUCAACAACGAGAUCCUCGGCCCCGUCAUCCAGUUCUUGGGCGUGCCCUACGCCGCGCCCCCCACGGGCGAGAGGCGCUUCCAGCCCCCCGAGCCCCCGAUCCCGUGGUCCGACAUCCGGAACGCCACCCAGUUUGGCCCCGUGUGCCCCCAGAACAUUCUGGAAGGCAGGCUCCCCGAUGUCAUGCUCCCUGUGUGGUUUACCAACAGCCUGGAGGUGGUCUCCUCCUACGUGCAGGAUCAGAGCGAGGACUGCCUGUUCUUGAACAUUUAUGUGCCCACGGAGGAUGUAAAAAGAAUAUCCAAGGAAUGUGCCAGGAAACCCGGCAAGAAAAUAUGUAGAAAAGGAGGUCCCCUUACAAAGAAACAGAGUGAUGAUUUAGGUGAUAAUGACGGUGCAGAGGACGAAGACAUUCGUGAAAGUGGCAGCCCCAAACCAGUGAUGGUUUUCAUCCACGGAGGCUCUUAUAUGGAGGGCACAGGGAAUAUGUUUGACGGGAGCAUCUUGGCAAGCUAUGGCAAUGUCAUCGUCAUAACUGUGAACUAUCGGCUUGGAGUGCUAGGUUUUUUGAGCACAGGAGACCAAGCUGCGAAGGGGAAUUAUGGCCUUUUGGAUCAAAUCCAAGCGCUGCGCUGGACCAGUGAAAACAUUGCUUUUUUUGGGGGUGACCCUUUGCGCAUUACUGUAUUUGGAUCAGGGGCUGGCGCUUCAUGCGUCAACCUGCUGACUCUAUCCCAUUAUUCUGAAGGGAACCGUUGGAGCAAUUCAACCAAAGGACUUUUUCAGAGAGCUAUAGCACAGAGCGGUUCAGCCCUGUCCAGCUGGGCGGUGAGCUUCCAGCCUGCUAAAUAUGCCCGUAUGCUGGCCAAGAAGGUGGGCUGCAACCUGAAGGACACUGUGGACUUGGUCGAGUGCUUGCAGAGGAAGCACUAUAAAGAACUAGUGGACCAAGACAUUCAGCCUGCGCGCUACCACAUAGCAUUUGGACCUGUUAUCGAUGGGGACGUCAUUCCAGAUGAUCCACAGAUCCUUAUGGAGCAGGGCGAGUUCCUCAACUACGACAUCAUGCUGGGGGUCAACCAAGGGGAAGGUCUGAAGUUUGUGGAGCUCAUCGUGGACAAUGAGAACGGCGUGCAGGCGAACGACUUUGACUACGCCGUUUCCAGUUUCGUCGAUGACCUCUACGGUUAUCCCGAGGGCAAGGACAUCCUGCGAGAGACGAUUAAGUUCAUGUACACGGACUGGGCAGACAGACACAACCCGGAAACGCGGAGAAAGACAUUACUUGCGUUGUUCACCGACCACCAGUGGGUGGCCCCAGCUGUGGCCACGGCCGAUCUCCACUCAAGUUUCGGGUCUCCCACCUACUUCUACGCCUUCUACCAUCACUGCCAGACGGAGCAGGUGCCGCCCUGGGCAGACGCGGCCCACGGCGAUGAAAUCCCGUACGUGUUCGGCCUGCCCAUGAUUGGACCAACUGAGCUCUUCCCGUGCAACUUCUCAAAGAACGACGUUAUGCUGAGUGCUGUGGUAAUGACGUAUUGGACAAACUUUGCUAAAACCGGAGACCCCAACCAGCCCGUUCCCCAAGACACCAAGUUCAUCCACACCAAACCCAACCGCUUUGAGGAGGUGGCCUGGUCACGGUACAACCAGAAGGACCAGCUCUACCUCCACAUCGGCCUGAAGCCCCGGGUCAAGGAGCACUACCGGGCCAAUAAGGUCAACCUGUGGCUGGAGCUGGUUCCCCACCUACACAGUCUGAACGAGGUCACGCAGAUCAUCUCCACCACCACCAAGGUCCCGCCGCCGGAGGUCACUCCGCGCACGCCAAAGAAGAUCCCCGUCAACACCAAGCGGCCCAACCCCACGCCGUUCCCCACCGAGAGUCAGGACAGCCAGCCCUUCCAGGUGGACCAGCGCGACUACUCCACGGAGCUGAGCGUGACCAUCGCGGUGGGCGCCUCGCUGCUCUUCCUCAACAUCCUGGCCUUCGCCGCGCUCUACUACAAGAAGGACAAGCGGCGGCACGACGUGCACCGGCGCUGCAGCCCGCAGCGCAACACGGCCAACGACCUGGCGCACACGCAGGAGGAGGAGAUCAUGUCGCUGCAGAUGAAGCACACGGACCUGGACCACGAGUGUGACGCCAUGCAUCCGCACGAGGUGGUUCUGAGAACUGCCUGCCCGCCCGACUACACGCUAGCCAUGCGACGGUCGCCAGACGACAUACCGCUCAUGACGCCAAACACCAUCACCAUGAUCCCUAACACCAUGCCAGGGCUCACUUCCCUCCACUCCUUCAACACCUUCUCGAGCGGACAGAACAACACGCUGCCUCACCCCCAUCCACACUCACACUCCACGACCAGGGUAUAGCCUGUGGGACCCUGCAAGCUAAACACACACAGACACAUGUACACACACACACACACA